UCUGAGAUAGAUUUAAAUUUUUUUUUCGGCGCAAAAUUUUAACUCGAUUUUGAUUAAUUUUUGAGCACUAAAUUUGGAGAAGUGGAAUUUUGAAUUUUUGUCGAUCCUCACCUCAUGCUCGCGAGUUUUCCUAUUUUAAAAAAAAGAAAUCCAAGGCUUCUUGUUCUAGAAUCUAGAUCAUUCAUGGGGAUAAAAAACUCGAUAGGUACGAACAAAGUGGGAUCUAUCUACUAUCAACAUGUCCCUCUCAAUUGAAAUUUGACGGGGAAAUCAACAAUAAAAUAAGUACCUACGCGAAUUACAUGGUAUUUCAUUUUCUGAUCAGUCAUCUGAGCCAUAAGUGAGAACCUAGUAGUAGUAGUAGUAGUAGUAGUUCGUGCAUCAUUCUUGGCUAUAGGUAUUCUAAACUCUAAAGUAUUCAUGAGCUAAGAUACCACAGUAUUUUGUAAUAGGUAUUUUAAAAAAGUCAUAGGAAACUGAAAAGAAAACUUCUGAACUAUCGGCAAGUGCAUAGAAAUUGAUACCAAAUACCUAUUUGAACCUAAGCAGAAUAGGAAAUUUUUCUAAACGAUAUAGUCGAUAUCACAGUCACAGACGAAAACAAGUUUCUAUAACAGAAUGAUAGGUAUGUUUGUACUUGAUUUUCAAUUUAUAAGGUGAACGUUGACUUGAUUAUUGAUACAAAAACCUUAUUGCUGCUCAAAUUCAAACAUCUAUAGGCAGAUAAAGGAAGGGUAGAGUCAAGCAGCAAUCGCUAGAAGAUGCUUUCGCGAACACCUGCAUUUACAAAAAACAAAAACAUGCAACCCCAGCUGAGUAACUUAUUUAUAAUUCUCCUAGGCAACGCUUAGCUCAACCCUUGAGUUAGCGAGUUUUAACUCGAGAUAUUUUAUCGCUUAAAAAUCCAUGAAAAUGAAACAAUCUCGUCCAAGAAUAACCUGCAUCUGCGUCGGAGCUACAGGUUCGGGUAAAACCUUAUUGCUGAGAAAACUGCAACAAAAAAGCGAGAUAAAUGAGACGACGAGUAGCGUACCAACUGUUGGCACCAGUAUGUACAAGAUCAAACUUCCUAACAAUAAAUCGCUUGUGGUACGAGAAUUGGGCGGUGUAGUUGCUCCAUUAUGGCACCACUAUUAUAAUUCCGUUGAGAAAAUUAUAUUUGUCGUGGAUGCGAGUAACCUUUGCCAAAUCUCUGCUUCGGGAGUGCUUCUGUACUCUCUCCUUACUGAACCAGCUUUGAAAAAAUCAAAGAUACUUCUGGUGCUCUCUAAAAUGGAUAUGUCUUAUCGUCAAAUGCGUAACGAAGCUCUACUUAUGUUGCAAAUUGAAAAACUCAAAACUCAGAUAUCUCAAACGAUCACGAUAGCUGAAUUUAGUGCAAUCGACGGUACUGGAAAUGAUAAAAUAUUCGCUUGGUUACAAACAUGAUUUAUUUCACAGGAGCAGCGCAAGAGUUUUUUUUUAUAGUAUAUUAUUUAUAUUCUCGUACAAGUAGGUAGAAUCUUCAAUCUUGGAACGAAUUUGAUGAUAUGUAUGAAUAUUGAAUAACGUUGAUUUUAUAAUCAGCACCUUUUGUAUUUUGAUGUUUGCUCAAUAGAAAUGUAAUGUAUGUA